AAAGUGCAUGGAGCGGCUGACGAACAUAGAGGCGGAGACGAAGGAGCUGAACAAUCGCGCCGGGCAGUUCGCGUGCCGCGUGAGACAGCGCGCCGAGCAGCUGGAGCGCGCCGAGAUGGCCUGGCGAGACCUCGACGCGUGCUACCAGCGCCGGCUGCGGGCCGCCAAGGAAAAGGAGGAGGAGUAUCAAAAACAGAUGGAAAGAGUUUUGGAUGAGAGGAACAAAUACAAGCUGGCGUGUAUACCGCUGGUGGACGCGCUGAAGAAGAGAAGCUCAGUGGCGGAGCAAGAUCAAAAAACAUUGAAGCAGCUCGAGAAGGAGAUGUGCGCGCGAGCGUGCGAACGAGCCCAGCUGGCCGAAAACGCUGCGCGCGUCAGCGCGCAGCUCACGGAACAGCAGUGCAAAAGUUCCCAGCUUGACAGAAACUUAGCGUGGAAAGAGGAGCACGUGCGUAGUAAAAAUCGUGCGCUGGAGGACGCGGCAGAGGUGGCCAAGGUGCUCACGCACGAGGCGGAGUGUGCGCAGCGCGCAGAACUCGAGGCGCUGCGCGGGCAGGUGGCGCAGGCGUCACAGGACUUGCUGGAGGAGGACGCUCGCACGGGGCUGUUGAAGAAACGAAUCGAAGAUUAUAUGCAAGAAAAAAAUGGAAUGAUAGAAGACUUAGAAGCUUGUCAGACAAAGUGUGAAGGUCGUAUGGGAGCAUUAGUGAAAGAUUUGAAGAGUAAGAGAGAUAAGCUUGCAGAGUUAAAGGAUAAGAUGAUGGACUGCCGCUGCAAAGAGCCCGUAGAGCGAGCGGUGGAGGUGAAGCGGACGCCGUCGCUGGCCGUGUUGUGCAGGUGCUCGCCGAGCGAUACGAUUCAGGGAUCGUGUUCGUGUACGUCAAUACGAAGUCGCCUUCUCUCGUCACUCCUUAAGGAUUUGUUUAACGGCCUAAAAUCGGAAAUGGAGACCAUCGGCUCUCAGAUGCCUUGUCACCUCUUGAAGUGUCUUGAAGACAAGCAUAAUUGGGACCGAAAUACUGAUGUCAAACAAAACGUUCGUGCUUAUUUUUCCCGACUUUUGCUCAGUGAACUUGACAUCGCUAUUGCAACAGUCAUUGAAAGGAGCCGCGCACAGUGGGUGGGUGAAUCUUGCGUUGAUAUGAAAAGGUCGUCAGUUUCACCAGACUCCAGGCACAGCUCACGGUGGCUAGAACAUGAGCUCCAGAUGAAGACGCAGAAACUGGCUAAUCAGCUAGCCGAAAAGAUGUUCAAAGAGAGAGCGAAAGAGUUGGCCAAGCUAGCUCAACAAGAGCUACAAGAUAGUCGGCCUCCGUGCGAAUGUGACCUCAUCAACUCACCACAGUAUUCAUCAGGUUAUUGCUGCCCCACUUAUUAA